AGUGGAAGAAAUUUUUAAAAAAGAAAAUAACUUUUUUUUACAUAGAAGAAUAAUUGCGUAAGCGCUCUCUUGAACCUUCGAGAACCAGAAUGUUAGAUGAUCAACAAUCAACAACUUCAAUCAACUAGAUGAAAAACUUCUACAACUGCAAGGCUCUUUUAUAUUACAAUACCGAAGAAAAGACGAAGUUUAGAGGAAGUUCUCUUACUUCAAAUGGUCAAGGAACUCAACAAUAAUAACACAAAAGCGAUGAAAAAUUAAGAAGCAAGGCAACCAUAGAAUCUUCCGUUAGCAACGGAUCCGCCAUCAUCCUACUACUACUCAUAAUAGGACCGAUCAUGGAACUCCUACAAAGACGUAGGUCAACAGAAAGUGCACCAGCUUCCGUGCCAGAAACGCAAGAAAAGCCCACGAAUUUCGGACCUGUACUCUACUAUGUUGUUACCGAGGACAGCCGCGUUUAAGGAGGGAAGAGUUCACACCCAAAAUAAUACAAAUUCCCAGACAGAAGAAAAGAGGUAUAUAAACUUCAAUUUAUUUUUUCCGUCAAUGGAUUUACUCUUUAUCUGGCUUUUGGGUUACAACUAAAACCGAUGCGCAAGUUUUAUCAGAGGAUUCGCACAAACUGUAGUGGCGAAAUCGAUCAAUAGCAUUUGAUGUUUAGCAAUUAACCAGACGAGGCUUCUAUUUGUAUUCUUAAUUGUGGUGCCCAACGAGAUUGUCCUGAUCAAAGUAUCACAAAAUUAAAAUGGGGAAGGGAUGGAUAAGGACCAUCAACAAGGAGGAAUACGGCGAUGUGGCGGCCAAGCUGGGCAUCAAACCAACCGGAACCGUGAAAAACAUGCUGAAAAACGUUUUCGGAUUUUGGAGACGAGAAGACAACUAGAGUUCCUGGAGCAGGUAGAUAUGCAAACCCUGAUACAUUCGUCCCUACGAAUGGAAGAAUGGAAGAAGAACUUGGACACCGUUUUAACACUGGCAGACGAAUUCGAGGAACUAAAUCAGCAGAGAAAGGAAAUCCAGUGGGAAAAAUUACCAAAAAUUCCGAAACUGCAAGGCGUGAUACGCUGCAACGAACUGAUUUUGUUCAAUCUGCGCGCAACGAAUAUCGUGCGGCUGGCUCAGAAAAUGUAUGUGUUCGUCCCACCAAAUUUAUAUAAACGUGGCUCUGACGUUGACACAUCGGGAUGCUUGUGUUUCCUUCUGAUGCCGUUGGCUUGGCGGCUAUCAGGGCUUAGGGAUGCUUCACCGGUCUCAGACUAUGGUAAGCAGGCACUGUUCUCCCAGGGCACUCCUUUCGCAGCCGCAGCCUCCUGUCCCUUGCUCUGCCCCGACCACUCGCGUCGAAUGCUCAAUUUUUACCUGACGGCUUAG